GGCAUCAACUCAAUUCAGUCACUUCAUAUCCUUAGAUUUCUUCCACAGUAUCAGUGGAAGAAAUUUUGUAAUUUCUUUCGAUUUAAUCAUCUAAAUUGCCAGUGAAACUUUAAGAAACUAAAAUGGUGCUGACGGCGGACGUUCAUUUGCCCGAGGAGUCCGAAUUGACCGUACCUGAGGUCAAUCUAUCUAUGGCCAGUUUGAGGGCAGGUUCAUUCCACCUCGGAAAAUACUGCGAACAAGCUAAUAAUGAGUUCAUGCUCUGCAGGUUCGAGGAGAAGGAUCCUCGCAAGUGUGUCAAUGAGGGCAAGGCGGUGACUGCUUGCACCAUGGAGUUCUUCCGUAAGGUGAAGAGCGCGUGUAUGAAUGAGUUCAACCAAUAUGCCAACUGCAUUGACAAGAGCUCUGGAGACUUCAGCUUUGAACACUGCCGCACCACACAGGGCGUGAUGGACAAGUGCAUGCUCGACAAGCUCAACCUGGAGCGUCCGGACUUCGGCUACUUCACCGAGGCGCGCGUGCACCACACCAAGCGGCCGAAGCCCCUUGAGGAGCCGGCGCAGGUGUUCCCCGACGCGACGCCGGCGCUGCCCGCCGCCGCGGAGCGCAAGCCCGCGCGCAUGGGCUCGCGCUUCUACUGGAUGACCGAGUAAACCGUUGGCGAAGAAGCAAACGGUUUCCGGCCUCCAUGGCGCCACCAAAAGCUAAACAAUUCGUCAUGUCAGAAAUCAAAAGUAUUGUUAAUACAAUGUUAAUGUGAUCUUUAUUCUAUUGGUAAAACGGUUCAUAAUUAUGGAUGUUACUUCUUUUGAUUUUUGACAAGUUCUAGCAAAUGAGCGGGUCUUUGUGUAUAAAGUAAAACUUUAGACAUUUUUAUUAAUUUUUGUUUAAGAUCUUUUUAUUUGUUUCUACGACAUUUCAAUCAGUCAUAAAUAUGUAAGAGCAACUUUUCUAAUGUUUACUUUAUACAUUAAGUUAGGUAAACAAAUCAUGUAGAUUAAUAAAAAAUAUUUAAAUAA